AUGCGCGACCCUGGGACAGUGACCUGCUGCACCUCGCUGCCUCCACCGCCCUCCCUGCCUGCUGUCCCAGCUCAGGGCCAUGCCCGCCCACAGCAGGGGAACCUCUCGGCGCUGCCCUUGUGGGAGUUUGUGCUGGAGGGGUUCAGAGGAGGUGUGGAGGUUCAAGCCCUGCUCUUUGCCGUCUUCCUGGCCCUGUACGUGGUGACCGUCCUGGGCAACGUCACCAUGAUUGUGGUCACCACCCUGGAUGCCCGCCUGCACUCCCCCAUGUACUUCUUCCUCAGGAACCUGUCCCUCCUGGACCUCUGCUACUCCUCCACCAUCGCCCCCAACACCCUGGCCACCUUCCUCUCCUCCUCCAAGGCCAUCAGCUUUGCGGGAUGCGCCACCCAGCUAUUCUUCUUCUCCUUUCUUGGUACCACUGAGGCUUUCCUCUUAGCAGUGAUGGCCUACGACCGCUUGGUGGCCAUCUGCAGCCCCCUGCAGUACCCUGUGACCAUGUGUCCUGUGACAUGUGCCCGCCUGGUGCUCGCAGCCUACUGUGGAGGCUGCCUCAACUCCAUCGUAGAGACCAGCCUCACCUUCCAGCUGCCCUUCUGCAGCUCCAACCGCAUCGACCACUUCUUCUGUGACGUGCCCCCCCUGCUCCGGCUUGCCUGUGCCAACACGGCUCUCAACGAGCUGGUCAUGUUCGGCCUCUGUGGGUUCAUCAUUGUGGGCACCACUCUUGUGGUUCUGGUCUCCUACGGCUACAUCGCAGUGACCAUCCUCAAGAUGCGCUCGGCAUCUGGGCGACACAAGCUCUUCUCCACCUGUGGGUCCCACCUGACCGCCGUGUCCCUGUUUUAUGGAACUGUGUUUGUGAUGUACGGCCAGCCAGGAGCUGUGGAGUCCAUGGAGCAGGGCAAGGUGGUCUCUGUCUUCUACACCCUGGUCAUCCCGAUGCUCAACCCCCUCAUCUACAGCCUGCGGAACAAGGACGUGAAGGACGCGCUGAGGAGGCUGGGACACAGCCACGCAGAGGACAGUGUCCCGUGA